GGAAGUUGCUGGUUUGGGCCAUCUUCUAGAAGGACAAAGAACCAGCCCAGCGCUAGGGCCCCCCAGUGGCCUGGGCUGGGGACCCAGGAGGCCACCAGGGCCGGCUCUGUUCCCCUUGAGAUCUGAGUAAGCGCCGCAGCACAGGCCGCGGGACGUGACGGGGCAGGGGACGCUGGGACCCACCUCCCCACCUGCGAGGAUGUUCCUCAUGAACAGGCCACCUGUGGCCGCUCUGCAGUCGAAAUGGGAGGCCUUCGGGCCCUCGGGGGGUUUUAGGUUUCCCGGGUGCUUCUCGGAGCCCACGGAGGGCGCGGCAAGGACGGCGGUCAGCACCAAGGUGCAGCUGGUCAUCGGCAGGCUGCGGAGCGACGCAUCCGCCCUGGGCAUGAGCCAUGAGCAUGUCUCGAGCAGAGGCCACCGCGGGGACCCAGGCCGGGGCACCAGGCCCGCUGCCAACCCCGCCACACCCAGGGGGCAGCCUGUGUUCUCCACCUGCAUGCUGGCUGCUGGCCUCAAUCCCCCGGUGGAGGCAGCGGGGGCCGCCUCAGACCCCCUGGCGCUGGAUUCGGACAGCGACGAUUCCGUGGACCGGGGCAUCGAGGAAGCAAUCCAGGAGUACCGGAAGGCCAGGAGCGGCAGCCGCCAGCCCAUGCCAGGCGGCACCCUACCUCCCAGGGCUCCAGAGGGGGGCAGCCGAUGCAAGCCGGAACCGUCCCCCAACAGUGCCACCACUCCUCUGUGCCCCGCCAAGCCCAGAGGGGGCACCGUGGCAGCCGGUGGUGGUCCUCGAGGUGGCGGCACCCGGGGCCCCGCCUCGCCGGGGAGCGUGAGCAGUGAGGACUCCUUUGAGCAGAGCAUCCAGACGGAAAUCGAGCAGUUUCUGAGCGAGAAGAAACAGCUCAGCACCCAAAAGGCCGAUGUGCCUGCCGACAGGAAGCCCGAGCCCAGCGGCCCCGCAGCCCGGCUGGCCUCUCCGUCCAGCACAGAGCCGGCCACCAGGGUGCUGCACCCGGAUGACCCCGGAGCCGGCAAGGAGUUCCUCUUCCGGAAGCAGAAGGCUUCAGGACAGCCCCGAGGCCCCCCCAGCAGCACUAGAGCAGCAGCCCCCCGGCCAGCAGCCCCAGGACGGCCUCCGGAAACAGCUCAGCACAAAGUGGGCGCCCGGCGGGGCACAGGCGCUGGGCGGAGGGGCAGGCGGGCCAAGAGCACGGCCCUGCUGCCCAGGGCCUCGGACUCCAGCAGCAGUGACGACGGCAUCGAGACAGCCAUCCAGCUCUACCAGCUGGAGAAGACACACAGGGAGGUGGGCAGCGGGGACGUGCCACACAGGGCCCCGCCCAGAGAAGGGAAGGGGCCCGGACCGGUGGCCAGCAGCACCACCUGGAACGCCUCGCCUGAGCCCCUCCGGAGGAAGAAGAAGCUGUCCACCACCAAGACCACUGAGCUCGGACCAGCUGCCCCAGAAUCCAGCCGGCCCACCCGGCCCUCAAAGGAAAGCACAGGUGGACCCCCGCCGGGAGGCACGGCUACCAGGUGCGAGCUUCCGGAGCGGACCAUGGGCCGGGCCGACACGUCCACAGAGCUCCUGUGCGCCGAAGCCAUCCUGGACAUCUCCGCGACAGUUCUGCCGGCACCCGACGGGGCCAGCAACCGGGCCCUGCCCUCCAGCAGACCCUUCCACGUCCCCCACGCGCCCGCCCACUCGGACGGCGACAGCGGCUCGGUGGACAGUGAUGACAGCAUCGAGCAGGAGAUCCAGACCUUCCUGGCACUGAAGGCCCAGUCGGGCAGCCUGCUGGCCCGGGCAGAGGGUCCCCCGCCACAUGCCUGGAGCCCUGGGCCCAAUGGCCAGGCUGGGAGCCCCAGAGCCCUGCCUACUACAGCACCAGUUACCUCAAUGAACUGCAAAAGGAAAUGUCGAGGGGGCGGCCGCACCCCAAAGUCCUCAGUGCCAAGGAAGAGUCAAGAGAGUAUCCAGGAUGCUGACCACAGCCAGGUGUGCGUGCCCGGCCAGGGGAGGGCUGGUGAGGCCCUGGCCAGGGAGGAGACUGAGGCCAGCAGCCCACCCCUCCUGUCCAAGGUGGCCGGGUGUGCCAAUGGGCUGAUAGCCCCGGAUGGGAAAAACGGGCUGCCACCCGGCCCCGGCAAGGUGGACGAGGCCAGGGGUGCAGCUCCGAAGAGGGGCUCGGGCGACGACAAGAGCAGCUCUCUGGACAGCGACGAGGACCUGGACACGGCCAUCAAGGACCUGCUGAGGUCCAAGCGGAAGCUCAAGAGGAGGAACAGGGAGCCCCGCGGCCCCACAAGCAGAAAGAGGGUCCGCUUCAGCACUGCGGAGACACAGAGUCUGGAGAUGCUGGGCAACGGCCGGCGAGACUGGAGGGACCCGAGCCCCGGUGCGCUGAGGAGCUGCCUCGCCAAAUCCAAGAGGGGUGGUGGAGAGGGCACGGUGGCGGCGGCUAGGAGGGCUGGGGCCAGCGGUGGGGACACGCCGAGGAAAAGGGCCCCAGGAGUCGGGCUGUGUUGUGAUGGCACAGAAGCCCCCCAUCGUGCGGCGGCCACCCCCCUGCCGGACGACAGCAGCUCUGUGGACAGCGAUGACAGCAUCGAGCAGGAGAUUCGAAAGUUUCUGGCCGAGAAGGCCAAGGAGUCCGUGGGCUGCGCCGACAGCCAAGGCAGUCCCCUCCCUCUGCAGGCAGGAGGUCUUCCGGGAGCAGGGACACUGGGCAGAAGGGAGCCGGCGCCCAGCCUGUGCACCUGGAGCCAGAGACCCCAGGCAGCCUCCCAGCUGACUGAGGGGCCUAAGAGCACCGAGCGGGCCACCGGGGUGCCCAAUGCGGCCAGGGUCUUCGGCCAGGGUGCCCCAGGCCUCGCUGCUACCCUGGACCCAAGUGAGCAAGUGCUGCCCAAGGCCUCCCCAGGGGCUUUCUCUGCCAAAGGGGCUCCUGCAACCAGAAGGCAUACCCACAGCAGCAAAGAGUUGAGUACGAGAGGGGCUGAGCCCACCACCGCCACCGCCGCAGAAGGCGCCCUGGGGCAGCUGCCCGCCAGUGCCAAGGCCGGCAUGGAAGCCCAGAGUGCCAGCACCUUCUCUGGUAGCCUCCUGAGCCCCUGGCCCGAGAGGGAGGGCCAGGGCGGGCUCCGGAGCACAUGGGCGCUGGCCCCAGAUGUGACAUGGAAGGGCGUCCUGGGGACCGAGCGGGAGGGCAGCACGGGGGGCCUGGCCAAGUGCCCAACUGCCCUGCCCUUCUCAGGGUUCGCCCCCCUGCUGUCCACGCAGCUGUUCCAUUUUGGCAAAAGCGUCUCCUGGGGGGGCAUGCAGGCCAACCUCUUCAGCUCCCCGCUGGGCCUGCCACUGCAGGGACCCUCCUUCUCGGCCUUCCGCCAGGCCCCGCUAGCCCCCAGCCCCGGGUUCGGGAGCUCCCACCUGCUGACCAAGAAGGAGGCCUGUCAGUGGCCAAACCGGAAGUCCCCAGCGGGCCUGGGGCUGCCUGACCGGAGGACCUCGGGGUCAGAAGAGAACACCGUCGACCUGAGAUACAGGCGCAGGGCCAUCGAGGGGGAUGAUGAGGACCAGGAGGCCCCGGGCAGCGAUGCCAGCGAGUUCAGCGACGCCUCCCUGGAGGAUGGUGGCAGCGGGGUGCCCGGCCGUGCCCUCCAGCUGUGAGCGCAGGCCGGGACCCCACAGCAGCAAGCAGCGUCUCCAGUGGCCGAGCCUGGACAGCAGCGGGCAUGGGCGGUGGGUCCACAUCCCUGUGGCUCCGGGGGGAGAUCACGGGCUGAGCUGUUGUCUAAUAGGUGUGUGCUGGCAGGUAGGGGGUUUAUAGCUUUUUGUAAGUUAUUCAAAGUGCCGUGCAAAAAAUAUUUUGGCGAGAAACAGUCAUCCAGCUUUGCAAGGUGCCCCCUACACACACACACUGAAACCACACGUCUCAAGAAACAGUCGUCCAGCUUUGCAAAGUGCCCCCUACACACACACACACACUGAAAUCACACGUCUCAGACCAGCCACACACACACACACACACACACUGAAAUCACACAUGUCUCAGACCAGCCACACACAUACCCCAGCCCCGACAUCACACAUCUCUCAGACCAGCACACACAAGCGCUCCCGGCCCUGUCAGGUUUAGAGCCAGAGACUAGCUGGAAAAGCAGCCCUGGCCCGUGGCUCCAGCCUGUUGGGCUGCUACAGGGACCCUCACAGGACAGCACUUCUGAGAGGGCCCCUGUCCCCAGAGGCAGUAGUCAUGCGCCCCAGGUGGGAACUGUGUCUCAAAGCACAAAGGCUGUGGUUCUGUGUUGAGCCCUAAGCAGCUUUCCACCAUCACAGUGUCAGUCGGCGUCGGCUGUUGAUGCUCUCAGGGGCCAGCCUGUGAGUGUCACGAUCCCGCCUCCUGAUCUGUGCUCACAGGGGUGCUCUGAGCAGUUGCUUGACGACUUCUGACCCCAAGCAACUGGGCCCUGGCAGUGCUGCAAGCCCAGCCCUGCUGACGAGCCCCCAGGUGCUCCUGCCCACCAGGACCUGGAGUCAGUGGUGUUCCCACAGCAACUCUGGCACCUGAGGCACUGGGGCUCGGCUUCCUGGGCAGCGCCCCGUUUGUUGAAGGCCAAGACCCCUGGCUCACUCAUGGGGCAGGGGCAGGGUGAGGAAGUCAGACAGCUCCUGCUUGCUUCUCACCGGAGGCCCCAGCACAGCCCUGGGCUGUGCUGAAGAAAGAGGCCAUGGCACUGGGGUGGUGGGGGAGUGUGGUGACCACAGUAAUGUGCUUGCCCCCCAAACUCCCUCUGCUCUCUGGGGCUAUAGCCCUGCCUGGCCCGCAGCCUCCGUUGCCGUUGCCGUCUGGUGCCGGCCUGCUGGGUGUCUGGGGUGGUCCUUGUCACACGCACCUUCACUCAAGUGCUUCCAGGACAACCGGUCCGUGCAGCCGCGCUGCCGGCUCCAAGGUUUUUACGGGGCACCUUGGAGACUCCCCCACAAACCAGCCUGCUUUUCGUACGUCGGGUCUGUUCUUUUGAUACCAAUAAACCAAGCACCGGGCCGCCUCAGAUGGUGGCCUUUGUUCUCUGGAA